AGAGCCAUUCGUUUAUCCAAGUACACGUCGGGGUGCAACCGAUGCGCACACUGCGGCCGCUCUUGGCACGGGUCCUCUCGGUGCGCUUUGAGAAGGUCAAGACGUGGCGGGCGACUGAGCACCGGUUGUCGGCGCGCACCUUCUUCUGGCUCUGGCUCUUGGUCGCAUUGCUGCACGCGCUGUUUGCGGCGCACCUCUUUUUCCUCGCCUACUGCCACCGCUACAUUACGUCGGACUUGUUCAGCUACGAGCGGCGGACGCUGGGCCUCCCGCCCGACCUCACGGCCUCGAUGGUGGCCUGCAUUCUCGUCGGAUUGCUUUUUUGCGAAGGCCUCGUGUCCAUGGUUCGCUACCGGCAACUGGAGAAACGCAUCGAACGCCUCACACUGGAGCGCGAUUCGGGCAAGCGCCGGGCAGAUGACGGCGCUCUCUCGAUGAGCCUUUGCUUUCGCCGCCUCGGUGAGCUCUGGACAACGUACGUGGCCCACUUUGGCAGCCAGGGCGAGCUCUUUGCGUGGCGCUAUGAAGUGCAGCGUACUUUGUCGCUGGCGUCGCAGUCGUUGGAGGUCGUCGCGAUGUCGAAACAGUCGACUUCGUCGGGGCUCAUAUUGGCGUACGCCAUGUGCAUUGGUCUCAGCGGGAUGCUCACACCGCUGCUCUUUCUCGCCAAGCUACCGCGCGUCGUCGAGCGCACGGCAGCGGCGCUCGUGCCCGCGCUACUGACCAUGAUCCUUGUCUGUCUCCUGCCGUGGAUUGGUGUCAGUCCCUAUAUACGGUACUUUAUGCUCUCAAUUCAAGACAAGAACGAUGUGCUGUCCGACGACGUGUGGUUUUACAAUGCGAUUCUCAUGGGUCGAAAAUUGUUUCUCAUCUCGGGGGCCGAGACGAUCACACGGCUGUUGCCAUGCCUUUGUGUCUGGUGGAGCCUGCGGGACGUCGAGUAUACGCUGUGCAUGGCCUACGACAGUCGACUUCGCUACGUCGCGCCCCCCAGUCGCCCCCCGAUGCCCCCCCGCAAACGAAACCGGUUUCAUGGUGUCGCACUUCUGCGCUAUACGAUCGCCGUCAGUCGCAUCGUAAGCCUCACGUGGGGCACGACUGUCGUCGCCCUAUCCAUCAUCUACUCGUCCUGGAAUGGACUCCGCACGCCAUGCACUCCUGGCUGCCUCGCCGCUGUGAACCCGUGGUUCACGGUGGAGUGUCGCUGUGUCGUUCAAGUCGUUAACUGUGCGGCGCGGGGCAUUUCCCAGGCAGCUGUGCCGGCGGCGUUGAGCGCCUUGCACCCCAGUACGUUGCAGUUGUUGAUCAUAGCGCAUUGCCCGGACCUUGAGGUGCCGAAUUUAGCGCGGUUUCCGCAACUCUUUGGCUUUGAAAUCUACAAUUCGACCAUCGUCGAGUGGCCAAAUCCCAUCAUGGCCGACGUCUUUACAUCGCUGAGUUAUAUCGUACUCGUGUAUACCAACGUGUCGGCCGUGCCCCGGGCCAUCGCCCACAAAUACUUGCCGCCGACGCUGACCGAUGUCGAGAUUAUUGUUUCGGGGAUCACCGAGAUUGACGAAGUGACGGUCGCUGCUUGGACCAACCUCAACUCGCUCUUGAUCGAGCAAGGCCAAUUGCGCACCGUGCCCGCGUCUUUUCACAAGCUCACGCUGCUCGGCGGCCUCUCUCUCUUUGGCAACAACAUCUCGGAGCUGCCAGCACGAACGCUGGGGGCUCUGAACGGUCUCACAACUCUGAAUCUGGCGCAAAAUCCACAUUUGAGAAAUAUUCCCGACGAUGUGAACCAAGCGCAUCUGGGAUGGAUGCUGGACUUGUUUUUGGAAAACACGAGCGUUGCGGCGUGGUCGCCCACAGCGUUUGGUCGGUCGACCAAUGUGUACAUGAGCGGGACGCCGUACUGCACAGUCGUCGCCACCGAUCCGGCGUGCCGUCCCAGCACCUACGAUGGUAGCUAUCGCUUUGGCGGUAUGGCUCGUCAAUUCAAUUAGCUAAAGGGUAUUAGACUAGUGCAAAAUGACGACACAUCCAUCGAGUUUGCAAUUAUAUCCA